GGAGACAAGGGUCGAGCUUAGCUCAGUGGAGCACUGGCCACUCAGGUUGGGCCCGCCUUGUGUCCCAGUGCCAGGCGGCCAAGCAGUGUCGCGUAACCAGCAAGCUGCCUGCCCGCCUCAGCAUCAACGGGAAGAAUUGCUAAGCUUUCUUCCAUCUCCGACUCCAACACCGACAUUAUUCAACUGUGUACGAACCAUUGCCAUUCAUUACAGAUUACUGCCAUACUGGGGGAUUUGCGACGCCUUAUCCAACCCGUCAACUACCAGGAAACCUCCCCUCACUUUUGACCCCCGCCACCUUCCGCAGGCCCAACGGAGCUUGACAACACCCCAUCCCUUCACAUAUAACCGUAACCAUGGCGCAGGACAGCGACCUGUCGAAGACCGCCGACAAGGGCAAGGGGAAGGCUGUAGAUGACGAGACACAGAAGGACAAGGCCGCUCAGCCUGUGGAGAAUGGAAAGAAGGAUGAUGGCAAGGCUGAGACUUCAGAAGAGCUUAGCGAGGAGGACCAGCAGUUGAAGAACGAGCUUGAUAUGAUCGUUGAGCGGCUGACUGAAUCCGAUACGUCCCUCUACAAGCCAGCAUUGGAGGCUCUAGGGAGCUCGAUCAAGACCUCAACCUCUUCUAUGACAGCUGUCCCGAAGCCCUUGAAGUUUUUACGUCCACAUUACGAGACCCUGACGAAGCUCUACGAUGAAUGGCCAGCGAGCGAUGACAAGAACUCCCUUGCCGAUGUGCUCUCGGUGAUCGGCAUGACCUUUUCUGACGAAGACCGCCAAGAUACUCUCAAGUACCGAUUGCUUGCGCCCACGCAAGAUAUCGGCUCAUGGGGUCAUGAGUAUGUUAGGCAUCUUGCUCUGGAGAUCGGCGAGGUCUACGGGAAGCGCAUUGCCGCCGAUGAGCCAACAGCGGACCUUGUGGACCUUGCCUUGGCCUUGGUUCCCCUGUUUCUCAAGAGCAAUCAGGAGGCCGACGCUGUCGAUCUAAUGAGCGAGCUCGAGAUUAUCGAAGAGCUGCCAAAGUUCGUGGACGAGAACACAUAUGGGAGAGUCUGCUUGUACAUGGUGUCCAUGGUCAACCUGCUCACAUACCCCGACAACGAACAGUUCCUCCGUGUAGCCCAUGAUAUCUACAAGACCUACAAGCAGUACACACAGGCCAUGGUGCUUGCCAUCAGACUCAACGACCUCGAACUCAUUGAAGCCGACUUCCAAGAUGCCCCUGAUCUGGCGCUCAAGAAGCAGCUUUCCUACUUGAUUGCGCGCCAAAGAAUAUGGCUCGACAGCGAUAAGACCGAUGACGAGGAAAUUCAAGGGUGUCUCUCUAACGUCAAGCUUCCCGAUCACUUCAAGGCCCUGGGCAAGGAGCUUAACAUUCUCGAGCCCAAGACUACCGAAGACAUCUACAAGAGCCACCUCGAGAGCAGCCGCGUCGCCGGCCUGACCAACUUUGACUCGGCCCGCCACAAUUUGGCUGCCGCAUUCGUCAACGGGUUCGUGAACGCAGGCUUCGGAAAUGACAAGAUGAUGCUGGUUGCAGGCGACAAGGAGAGCUGGGUAUGGAAGACAAAGGAUGAGGGUAUGAUGUCCACAGUGGCCUCUCUGGGCACGCUUCUCAUGUGGGACAUCGAGAAUGGGCUUGAUCAGGUAGAUAAGUACACCUAUCUUGAGGAGGAGCCAAUCCAGGCUGGUGCUUAUCUUGCAAUUGGCAUCAUGAACUCUGGCGUUCGGUUGGACUCUGAGCCUGCCAUGGCUCUUCUUGCAGACAACGACAAACUUGCCCACAAGAACCCGCUGAUCAGGGUAUCGGCGAUUAUGGGAUUAGGUCUUGCUUAUGCUGGGUCUAAUAAGGCAGAGCUUUUGGACUUCCUGUUGCCCAUCAUCACCGAUACGACUCAGCAGAUGCGGGUAUCCGCCAUGGCUGCUCUUGCUUGCGGGUUGGUAUUCGUGGGCUCUUCUAACCCCGAAGUUACCGAGGCCAUUAUCACCACGCUCUUGGACGAUGACCGCAAGGGUCAACUCACCGACAAGUGGACACGAUUCCUUGCUCUUGGCCUGGGUCUUUUGUUCUUCGGGCGCCAAGAGGAGGUGGAUGUCAUUCUGGAGACUCUCAAGGCGGUCGAGCACCCGAUGGCGAAGCCUACCUCUGUCCUUGCUUCGAUCUGCGCUUGGGCCGGAACUGGUGCUGUGUUGAAGAUUCAAGAGCUGCUCCACAUUUGCAACGAGCACCUGGAGGAGUCAGAAGAGAAAAAGGGCGACGAGCUCUUGCAGGCCUAUGCUGUUCUCGGUAUCGGUAUUAUUGCGAUGGGUGAGGAUGUCGGCCAGGAAAUGGUUCUCCGGCAGUUCGGCCACCUCAUGCACUAUGGCGAGGCCAACAUUCGCCGAGCCGUACCCCUGGCUAUGGCUCUUGUCAGCCCAAGUAAUCCCCAGAUGAAGGUGUACGAUACACUUUCUAGAUACAGUCACGACAACGAUAAUGAUGUUGCCAUCAACGCCAUCUUUGCCAUGGGUCUGGUCGGUGCCGGUACCAACAACGCCAGGUUGGCUCAGCUUCUGCGCCAGCUUGCGAGCUAUUAUCACCGGGAUCAGGAAACCCUCUUUAUGGUCCGCAUUGCGCAGGGUCUUGUUCACAUGGGCAAGGGCACCCUCUCCAUCAACCCCUUCCACACCGAUCGCCAGAUUCUGUCGCGGGUAUCGGCUGCUGGUCUCCUCACUGUUCUUGUGGCGAUGAUUGAUGCCAAGCAGUUCAUCACCUCGGACUCGCAUUAUCUGCUUUACUUCCUUGUCACAGCUAUGCAUCCACGCUUCCUUGUAACGUUGGACGAGAACCUCAAGCCGUUGACUGUCAACGUGCGCGUUGGUCAGGCUGUGGAUGUAGUUGGCCAGGCUGGUCGCCCCAAGACGAUCACUGGGUGGCAGACACAGAGCACGCCAGUGUUGUUGGCACAUGGUGAGCGUGCUGAGUUGGAAGAUGAGGAGUAUAUUAGCUUGAGCAGUACCCUGGAGGGUCUGGUUAUUCUGCGCAAGAACCCCGAUUGGGAAUCAGGCAAAUAAGGGUCUUGUGUCAGCGGAAGGGUAGGGUAGGGUAUUUGGUGGUUUCUAGCAAUAGGUUUUUCUUACCUACCUGGCAAAGUGAUAGAGGAGGGGAAAAGAGGGCUUUUAUGCGACACUACAUUGUACAGUACAAAUAAAGGAUUAGACUUGCUGAGCGUUCAAGUAAAUUGAAGCGCAAGUCGAAUUGCCCUUGUAGGUCUCCAACCUAUUUUGGUUUCAAGAUACAGCCUCACACCUCCAUUGCCAUAAGCUAUAUCACCAAGCCAUUGCCAAUCCUAUAACCUCCCCUUUUCUUUUAAUCUCCC